AUGGCUUGGAGAGGUCUAAUCAACAGAUUUCUCAAGAAGCGCGAGGCGCCUCUGUUGCCUAUAGCAGAAGUGACUACACAAUCGACUAGUGACAGCCAGACGACCCCCGAUGCAGAGAGUAUUCACGACGAGAAAUCCUUGGGGCCGCAUUCCGCAUGGGCUGGGUUUCCAACCAUUGCUGAGCACAUUUAUAAACAAACACAAGUGACAGUGACGCCUCUUGGGACAAGCAAUCAUCAGAAACCUGUUGCUGCCGGCACAGACCACGUUGAUACCGCCGUCGACGAGAAAGAAAACCCGUUUGGCGACCAGUAUGCCAUCUCCCAGACAAGCACUGCUCAAGUAUCACAGCAGCAAUGGGAGACUUCAAGUCAGUCGCCCUUGCUUCAACCUACAGCGCAAUUGAAGAACUUCUCCUGGCCAUCUUACGGUCUACCUGAGAACCAAAUCACUUGGGUGGCUGACCCAAACACCUUCCCGCUCGAUGCCCAGCCACCCCAGGGGGUGGGCAACACGCAAGGGCGGCCGCGGUUGGACAAAACCUUUUCCAGUUCAGCCCUCUCGACCCUUAGCACCCAGCACAGCUAUCCCAUGAUCGUAGAUCCUGUGGAUCCUGCUAGGAAACUAUCCCCCAGAAACCUCUUCACGCAGAGAAUCUUGUUCUUGGGAACAGUCAUUACUCUGAACGUUGGCUGUCUUAUGGCGGCGCUGUUCAGCCGUAAUGGAAUGUGGGUAUUUGUCUUCAUUCUGGUGAUCAAGAGCAAAGACGUUCUCUCUGCCGUGAUCUCGCCAAUUGGAAUGCUGGUGAGGCGGCUGCAUCACACCUUCAUCCCCCCUAGAGAAGUUCCCUCCAAAUGGAUCCUGUCAUUGAUCCCGGCAUACUCGGAAAGCGAAGAGCAGAUUGUCAAGUGCAUCUUUUCGCUGCGCGACAACGGCGUGCAACCCCAUCGACAAGUCAUGUGUGUCGUGCUGGAUGGCAAAGAACGGGACGUCAAGUCACACUACACCAAACUGCUGGCGACCAUUCAGAGGCCGUACAUUUCAUUCAAACACCGACUGGGCGAGCUUACUAUCCAUGCUGGUUUCAUGGAGGACGUGCCUGUGAUUGUCAUUGAGAAGAAGAAGAAUGCCGGCAAGAAAGAUUCGCUCAUUCUUGCCCACGACCUGUUCAAUUACCCCCGCGAAAACGUACCACUAUAUACGCAGCUCCUCCGAGAAGAGCUCUGGCAGCACGUGCUACCCGACUUGACGGCCGGGCACUUGUUCAACGGGUUCGACAUGGUCUUUUGCACCGACGCCGACUCUGUCAUCCACCAAGGAGCGUUGGCGUCGUUGUGUAAUGCUCUGGCGCGAGAUGACAACUCCAUUGCUGCCUGUGGCCUCGUGCUCGUCGAGCUGGAACCGGGCCUUGAGUGGUCCGCGUGGAACAUGUAUCAGCAGUUUCAGUACUGCUUCGGCCAGUACGUGCGUCGACGAGCCGAACAUUUCUGGGGUAAAGUGACCUGCCUGCCCGGCUGCAUCACCAUGAUCAAAUGCCGGCCCGAAUGCGCGGGCGCGAUUGCAAAGUACGCCGAAGCCGUAACGGUGAUGCCGGUGCUGCACCACCAAGUGCAAUACCUAGGAACGGAUCGACGCCUGACGUACUCUCUCCUGUCGCAAGGCAUCAAGCUCAAGACGCUCUUUGUCCCUGAAGCCGUCAGUGAGACAGUGGCGCCCCAGUCACUCCAGCACUAUCUGAGCCAGCGCCGGCGGUGGGGGUCCAACGCCUACUUCAACAACUACUUCUACAUUACCGGCGAGAACAUGUCGCCCAUCACGCGCGUCGCCGCGUUCAUCGAGAUCCUCCGCUUGAGCAUGGUCUACUAUCGCUUCUGCAACACCGUCCUACUUAUCCGCCAGAUCAUUGAACAGUUGGUCCACCAUGACUUCGAUGCCGUCAAGCUCGUCCCCAUGCUGGUCGUCAGCCAAUUGCCGCUGAUGUGGUUCUGCGCUUCAGUCGCUCUGGAGAAGCCGCUCCGCCGUCGCGCCCACAAGCUGCUGAUGGGCUUCUGCAUCAACAAGUGUGUGGCGCCCUUCGUUUCCAUGACUGUGUUUUGGAAAGUCUGUCGCAAUGUCGGCUCGCAAGUAUGGGGCAUAUCUGGCGUCACAGCAGCCGCCGGUACCAAUCCAGCAUCGGCAUCAGCCACAGCUACAGCUACAGCCACGGUCACAGCAGUCACGGCGGACGGCGACCCAGCCGUCCCAGCCGUGCCAGUCGUCCCAGCCGCGCCACUUGUGCCGCUCGUAGCCAUCGUACCAGCCAUACCGGGCGCACCGGCCCUUGCCGCCAUUGCCGUUCCGCCAGCAGCGGUGAUGGCCCGGGACAAAUGA